AUGUGUCCAGUAUACAUCAUUAUGGACCCGGACCAAGUACGUCGUAGAAAGAGAAACACAGCUAUCAACUUGCUCGUAGAGUACUACAACGCAUAUAUCGACCGUUCUCCCUGUUACACAUCAUCACAUUUUGGAGACAAAUGGGUUGCAGAAAUGCUUGUCGGGCAUCCCACAAGAUUUCACAACAUGUUCCGCAUGACACAUGAGGUUUUUACAGAUCUUUUAGCAGAACUCGUUAGAUCUCAUGGCCUCCAUGGGUCUAUGAGGAUGACUGACCGUGAGGUCUUGACGAUUACUCUUUAUAUAUUAUUACAUAACAAGUUAAUGCGUGGUGCGAUGGAAAGUUUCCAUCCCUCAUCAGAGACCAUUAGCAGGUACUUCUCAGUGGAUUUGAGUGCUUUGGUGAGCCUCGUCAAACAAGUCAUAAAGCCAAUGGAUACAACUUUUUCACGAACUCCUACGGAGAUUUGCCACGAUCGAUGCUACAUGUCAUUCUUUAAGGAUUGCAUCAGUGCGAUAGAUGGAACACAUGUUGAUGCACGUGUUUCAAAUGAUGAGAAAAUUGCAUUUAUCGGAAUGUCAUGGCAGUUUGUGACUUUAAUAUGUGUUUCACAUUUAUCAUGUCUGGUUGGGAGGUUAGUGCACAUGACAGCAGAAUUUUCAAGAGUGCAACACGGAAUUCGCAUUAUAGCUAUCACCAUCCUCCUCAAGGUUCAACACCUUACAGAAAAAUAUUAUUUGGUGGAUGCUGGUUAUCCGUUGCAGCAAGGGUAUCUCAAACCAUAUCCUGAUAAUAGAUAUCAUAUACCUGAUUUUAAACGAGCAAGUAAUGUUACACGAAACAUAAAGGUGUUCAACAAAAGUCAUUUCUCUUUGCGAGGCGUCAUCGAGAGGACAUUUGAU